GUUCCCUUAGAGACCGAACCCGGGCUGGGCGGCGGCGAGACAGCCCGGCCCUUGGAGAAGCCAAGAUGCCGAUUAGGGGCAAGAGCAAAAGGAAAGGCAAGAACAAAGACAAAGACAAGCUUCUGAAGAAGAAGUCAACAAAAACUGAGGAAACUGCAGUGGAAAGAGCCAAGGCCAAUGCCACCCUUUGGGAGGCCAGGCUGGAAAUCACAGAGCUCUCUAGGAUUGAGUAUCGUGAUACUUCCCUGAGACUUGCGAAAACUAAUGAGGACUUAAAGAAACAGCAGUAUAAAAUGGAGAAAGACACAAUGUCUGUAUUAAGCUACCUGAAGAAGCAGGACCAGGAGAAAGAUAAUAUGAUUGAAAAACUAAAACAGCAAUUGAAUGAAGCAAAGGAAAAAGCCCAAGAGGAGAAGGAAAAAUUGGAACAAAAGUAUACUGUGCAAAUAAAUGAGCUGGAGGGACGUUUCUAUCAGAAAUCCAAAGAAAUUGGCAUGAUUCAGACAGAGCUAAAAACAAUAAAACAAUUCCAAAAACGAAAAAUCCAAGUGGAGAAAGAAUUAGAUGAUCUGAAGGAGAAUCUAAGGAACACGGAGCGGAAACAUCAAGAGACGCUUAGAAAAUUGGAAAGCAGGUUUUUUAAAGAAAAGCACCGACUAGAACAGGAAGCUGAAAAGAAGGUAAUAAUGCUGGCAGAGAGAGCCCAUCAUGAAGCUGUUGUGCAAUUGAACAGUGCUGGAAGAGCUGUUUUUAAAGAGAAUGUUUCUCUCCAGAAAGCUCUUGACUACCACCUGAAGGAAGCUGAUGCUCUACAAAAAGAAUCUGCGAAGCUGCUAGAGUCUAAAACUUCCCUUUUAUAUCAAAAGGAAAUCAACGAUCUGUUGGUUAAGGAAAAGGUUAUGCAACUUACCCAGCAGAGGUCACAAAUCCAAAAUCUUCAGAAGAAGGUGGUAAGCUUGGAGACUGCCCUGAGUUGUCUGACUAGAGAGUUUGAGACUGAAGUUCUAAAACAGAAGCAGCAGGCAAUGGUAAAUAACCAAAGUGAUCAGAUUGAAAUUUACAACCUGAAGAACCUGCUUCAGAAGAAGAAUAGAGAAAUGAAUAGAGUGAAGAAACUGGCCAAGAACAUACUAGAUGAGAGAACAGAAGUGGAAAGGUUCUUUUUGGAUGCUCUACACCAAGUGAAGCAAGAGAUUGCAUUUAACAGGCUGCAUUAUAAGCAGAUGGCACAAGCUGCUUUCAAUUUAAAAAUGCGAGAGGCAUACGCAGGAAGAACAGAAUAUCCCAAAAUUCGAACAUUUGAUGGCAGAGAGCACAGCACCAAUAGUGUGGAUCAGGAUCUUAAAGAGGCUAGUAAAUGGACAGAUAUUCAAGGAAAUGUGGAUAUUGGAGAUUUGACUUGGGAGCAGAAAGAGAAAGUCUUACGAUUGCUUUUUGCAAAAAUGAAUGGUUUUGGUCCCAGGAAAUACAAUCAGAGGUCUGGAUCUCCAGGUUCAGAAUAUGUUGUUCCAGACAAUGGACAAACAGAGGAAUUUGGGGAUGAAAGUAAGCUUCAAGAUCAAACGUUCAUCACCCAGCAAGUACCAAUCUCAGACUCUUCUCAUGAACUGGUAAUAUCCAAUAUUCAGAAAGGAUCACAUGAGUCUGACAUGGAGACCUACUGACAAGCAGUGCUGAACAAUGUAUGACCUCACAGAGGCUGCUGGCAGACCCUUCCUUGCAGAAUCCUUGUUCCUGAAUAUAUAAAAGUUUCUUAGAGGAAAAGACAUUUAAAAAAACUUUGUUACCUGUUUGCCAUAGAAAUUGGUGUCUCCCCUGAAGGAAGAUCGAGAGCCAGUGAAUGAGAACAUUGGUAAAGGCACCGGAAUGGGGACAUUCACACCCACCUAAAGCAGAACAAAUCCACAUCAGAUAUUAAGAAAAGGACUCAAACAAAGGAACUCUCCAUUUAGAAGCAUAAAUGCGUGGCAUUAGAGUCAAGUUUAAAUACCCACCUUCCACCCUAUAUCCAUCUCACUGAACCUUUAUUCCCGAGGAAGAAAAUGGGGCAUUGUGGGAGAUCAGAGUGGUAGCAACUGACCACUGUUUACCAUCUCCCCAGGAAACAGUAAAUGGCUAUAAGAAUCUCCUAAAAAUUAUUUUCACAAACCUGUCCAACAUCCACCAAGUGGGAAUAUUUCCUAGCGGUGGCUCCAUUGGUGGUGAAGAUGGCAGUUCCAUUUCCAUAUGGGUUAUCAUUUACAAUCUUGAUGGCUUCAUCCAAAGUAUCUGUCUCCAGAACCACAAGAACUGGACCAAAAAUCUCCUCUUUGUAACAAGUCAUAUUUGGCUGCCAGGAGUGAUGUAUCCAGAAAAGAAGUCAGUAUUUUAUGCUUAUUUGUUAAUUUAGAGCCCACUGUUUACAUAGACAGCUUUCAUGUUAGUAAUCUUUUUUCAUUUUAAAGCACUUAUUUUUUUAAAAGUGCUUUCUUGCUGUGUUCCAUCUUCCAAGCUACCAAUCUUUAUCAGUAACUUGAAAUUUCUAUUAAUUACAAUUACAAUCCUUUCCUUUAAGCACUGUAUUUUUAGGUCCCAUGACCCAUCACUAGCUUCCUUUUUUAUAAUUGUAUAACCUGUUUAUACAAUUAUUAUGUUACUGAAAACUUACAUGAAAAUUCAUUUUUUAAAUGAAUCAAAUAUAUAUUUAAAAUACCACAGGAGAUUUCUUUCUAUUUAAAGAAACCCUGUGCUAAGUUUUCUAUAACAUAAUCCAUUCUCAUUCAUUCCUUUGUUUCCCAAAUGAGUCUGCACAUUUAUAUUUUGAUAGCAGGUUACAUUAAACAUACAAAACAUUCUUUACCACUGUAGCUAGUCAGCUGUGUUUGUUAUUUAUAAGUGGGUAUUUUCCUCCAUGGUUCUUUGGCAAGAGAUUUCAUAAUUUCUACUACACUUAAAUUCAACUUAAUUAUUCAGGAUUAUAGUAGGAUUUGUGGGGACACAUGUAUUUCAAAAAAAGCCUCCUAACCUCAACAUAGCCAUUAAUUUUAGCUGAAAAACGUGUAGAGUUUUAAUAAAUAAACAUUUUUAUUUGAUAAUAAAAAUUA